AUGACGCAGCCGUCGUUCGAGAGCCUCGGGCUGGACCCGCGGCUGUUGCGGGCGCUGGCCCGGCGAGGACUGACGGCGCCCACCGCCGUGCAGGCUCAAGGAAUCCCGAAGGCGAUGGAAGGGAAGGAUUUGGUGGCUACGGCACGGACGGGGACGGGAAAGACGCUAGCAUACCUGCUUCCUGCGCUCGACAAGAUCCUCAGAGCGCCCGGGGGCAAAGGAAUGCGGCGAAAAGCAUGGCAGUGCCUGGUCCUGGUGCCCACGCGCGAGCUGUGCGAGCAGGUCAAGAGCGAGGGGCAGUCCAUCGUGCGCUUCAUCGACGACGGAGUCUCCGUCAGCGCCAUUACCGCCACCGGAAGCGCCGACAGCGCGCAAAUGAGGGCGGCUGUAGCCUCCGCAGGACAGGUCGUCGUGUCGACCCCAGCGAGGAUCGCAAGCCUCCUCUCGGCGGGCGCCCUCCGCGCCGCGACGCUCACGGACGCGCUCUCGACCCUCGUGCUCGACGAGGCUGACCUCCUGCUCAGCUACGGCCACCGGGACGACAUCAAGGCUCUGGCGCCUGCGCUGCCGAAAUCCUGCCAGUGCCUGCUGCUGACCGCGACGAAGAGCGACGAGCUGCGGGAGCUCGAGGGCCUCGUGCUGCACAACCCGACCGAGCUCGACCUGACGCAGGGCGGGGGCGCUGACAUCGACGGUGAUGCUGAGGGCGGGGCAGGGGCGCUGGGCAUCUCGAAGCGCGUGGCGCACUUCCGCGUGACGUGCGAGGAGAGCGACCGGCUGCUGUACUGCAUGACGCUGCUGCGCAUGGGCAUCGUGCGCCGCAAGGUGCUGGUGUUCGUCAACACGACGGACGCCGCGUAUCGCCUGCGGUUGUUUUUGGACGCGUUCGGCGUGAAGUCCGCGGUGCUGGACCGCAGCAUGCCGCUGAAUAGCCGGCACCACAUCCUGCAGCAGUUCAACCGCGGGCUCGUCGACCACGUGAUCGCCACGGACGGGGGGGAGUCGGGCGACGCGUCUGGGGGUGUCGCGGGCGCGGCGCCGGCGCCGGGCAAGGACAGGAAGGGCAAGAAGGAGAAGAAGAAGAAGCGCGCGAAGGAGGGGCAGGUCGAGGAGGGCCCGAAGGGCGUGGCGGGGGUCGCUGGCGCGGAGGACGACGUGGAGUAUGGCGUUGUGCGCGGGGUCGACUUCCAGGAGGUUCGAACGGUGAUCAACUUCGACGUGCCGGAGACGCUUCGCGGGUACGUGCACCGCGUCGGGCGCACGGGCCGCGCGGGCAAGGACGGCACGGCCAUCACGCUGGUGGCGCCGGGCGACACGGCGUCCAGUCGCAUGGUGCAGGAGAUCGACGCAGCGCUAGCGCCGGCGGGGGCGGGGGACGGCGAAGACGACGCGGCUCCUGUGCCGGGGCUCCCCGAGUUCCCGCGGCUCAAGCGCGACACGGUGGAGGGCCUGCGGUACCGCGCGGACGACGUGCUGCUGAGCGUGACGCGCAAGGCGGUGCGGGAGGCGCGCGUGCGCGACAUCCGCAACGAGCUCCUCGCGAGCGAGAAGCUCCGCGACCACUUCGCCGAGAACCCGCACGACCUGGCGGUGCUGCGGCACGACCAGCCUCUCGCAAAGGGCCCCGCGCUCGGCGCGGGUAAAAAGCUUCCGAGCUACCUGCGCAAGCACGUGGACACCGCGGCGGCUGCGGCGGCCGAGGACGGGGGCAAGGCGGCGCAGCUGGCGCGGAAGCGCAAGCGUCCGUCCGGGGUGGACCCGCUGAAGGCGACGUUUGCGCGCGGGACGGACCAGUUGACGGAGAUGGAGAAGAAGGCGAUGGCGGAGGCGAAGAAGCGUGCGCGGAAGGAGGAGAAGAAGGCGAAGAAGGUCGGGGCGCUGGUGAGAGACGACCGGGGGCAGAAGAUGCGGGACAAGCGCGAGGCGAAGCGGGGGCGCAGGGGGUGA